AUGGAAAUCCAACUGGUUUCAGCCCAAUACGUCAAGCCUUCUUCUCCCACACCCCCUCACCUUAAAACCUUCCACAUUUCUCUCUUGGACCAGCUCCUCGCUUCUGCUUACGUUCUCACCGUCUUUCACUACCCCAUACCCGAUGCCACCUCCGUCAAACAAGUGUUGGCUCGUUUAAAGACUUCGCUCUCCGAGACCCUGUCUCGAUUUUACCCACUUGCUGGACGACUUAAAGAUCAUAUGUCGUUCGAAUGUAACGAUGAAGGGGUUCUAUUCAUAGAAACUCAUGUUAAUCGUGACAUGUCUGAGUUUCUUAAAUAG